UGAUCAGUUAAUAGCGUUAACAAUCAGUUGACCGGUUUGCGAAAGAAAGGAGAAAGGCUUCCGAAUUUCUGUCCGUCCGCCCGCCCGGACAACUUCUUUCACACAGCAGUAGGCGUGUGCUGUGGUGUGGUGUGAUAAUAGCUAGUGUUGUUUUUUUUUCACAACUGUUGCUGAUGGCGUCCCGGACGAGUGUCGUCAUCUUGGUGGGAGCGGUGUUUAUUACACUAGCUGCCGGUGCAAGUGUCUCCGUCAGUGAGACCUCCACCUACACCAGUUACCGGUUGCCGAAGGCUUUCCGUCCCGAACAUUACGACCUGCAGGUGCUGACCCAUCUCGGUGAUGAGCGAGGCUUCGUUUACGAUGGUCGUGUACUUAUACGGAUGAUCUGUGAUGAGGAUGCAACGAAUGUAACGCUGCACUCGAAGAACCUAACGAUCACGGAAGGGGAUGUCAAGCUAACGGAACUGUCGGAUGGUGGAUCCAAGAGCGUGGAAAUCAAACGUACCCAAUUCAUCACCGACAACGACUACGUCGUUUUUCAUACCGGGGAGUUCAUGAAAAAAGGUUAUCGGUAUGAAAUCAGCAUUCCAUUCGGUGGCUAUCUGGGAACCGGUCUGCUCGGAUACUACCGAAGCAGUUAUGUGGACAAACAAACCCAACAAAAAGUCUGGCUUUCGGUGACUCAAUUCGAACCGACGCACGCCCGGCAGGCUUUCCCGUGCUUCGACGAGCCGGAAAUGAAGGCCACCUUCGACGUUUCGCUGGGACACCACAAGAAGUACAUCGCCCUCAGCAAUAUGCCGAUCAAUCGAACGGAAGCCGUGGCAAACAAUGCCGAUUGGGUGCUGGACUACUUCGCCACCACGGUUCCGAUGUCGACCUACCUGGUGGCCUAUUCGAUCAACGACUUUGAGUACCGCGAAUCGGCUGCCAAGCUGGAGGGUGACGUCGUGUUCAAGAUUUGGGCCCGACGCGACGCCAUCGAUCAGGUGGACUACGCCCGCGAGGUCGGUCCUCGGGUGACCCGCUUCUACGAGGAAUAUUUUGCGGAAAAGUUCCCUCUACCUAAGAUUGAUAUGAUCGCUAUACCGGACUUUUCCGCUGGAGCCAUGGAAAAUUGGGGCUUGAUCACGUACCGAGAAACGGCUCUUCUCUAUCAUCCCAACAUAUCGACCACCAGCAAUAAACAUCGGGUGGCGUCGGUGAUCGCACAUGAACUGGCUCACCAGUGGUUCGGGAAUUUGGUCACAAUGAAGUGGUGGACGGAUCUUUGGCUGAACGAAGGCUUUGCCACAUACGUGGCCAGCUUGGGCGUUGAAUAUCUGCACCCGGAGUGGCACUCGCUGGAGGAGGAUUCGGUCGAUAACACCCUGGGCAUCUUUAAGUUUGACGCCCUAACGAGCAGCCAUCCGGUUUCGGUCGAAAUCGGUCACCCGAAUCAGAUUUCGCAGAUUUUCGAUACGAUUUCCUACGACAAGGGAUCCACCGUGAUUCGUAUGAUGCACCUGUUUCUGGGUGAGGAAACCUUCCGCGACGGUGUGCGGCGCUACCUGAAGCGUCACAAGUAUGCAAAUGCCGAGCAGAACGACCUAUGGGCGGCCCUAACGGAGGAGGCUCGCGAGAAUAACGUUCUACCGAAGGAUGUGGACGUAAAAACCGUUAUGGAUUCGUGGACGUUGCAAACCGGUUACCCGGUUGUAACGGUUACUCGCGAUUACGAUGCGAAAACGGCGGACAUCACGCAGGUCCGGUUCCUGUCCGACCGAGAGCAGCAGCAAAACUUCACCGACUACUGCUGGUGGAUUCCACUGACGUGGGCAAACUCGGAAAACCUAGACUUCGAAAAUACACGCGCUAAGGAUUGGAUGAUGUGUGGAGCGAAUGAACUCCGCAAGGGACCGCUUAAAAUCGUAGACAAUAUGCCCGGCAAAAGCGAGUGGGUUCUGUUCAACGUCCAGCUGGCUGGACUGUACAAAGUCAAGUACGACCGGGCAAACUAUCGGUUGAUAGUGAAUCAACUGAACAGUGAAAAGUUUUCGACUAUCAGUUUGACCAACCGGGCUCAGCUGAUCGAUGAUGCUAUGGAUCUGGCGUGGACCGGACAGCAGGAGUACGGAAUUGCGUUUGCCAUGAUCAACUACCUGCGGCAGGAGACGGAAUACAUCCCGUGGAAGGCGGCGUUGAGCAAUUUGAACACCAUCAAUCGACUGCUGAAGCGUACCCCGAUCUACGGAGUGUUCCGCAGCUACAUUCAGUUCAUCAUUGAACCCGUGUACGAGCGAUUGGAGAUCUUCAGCGAGAACCGUAAGGUCAGCGAUCGGUUGGACGCCACCAAGCAGCUGGUGCAGAUUGCUGCCUGGGCCUGUAAGUUCGAUGUCGGCGAUUGUGUCGAGCGAUCGGUUGCUCUGUUCGCCAGCUGGAUGGCCGUAGAAGAUCCGGACUCGAGCAAUCCCGUCCCGUUGGAUCUGCGCUCGGUCGUCUACUGCAAUGCGAUUCGCAGCGGCAAGGAAGCCGAAUGGAACUUCCUGUGGAAGCGCUACCUCGGCAGUAACGUCGGUUCGGAAAAGGUCAUGAUCAUAGGGUCGUUGGCGUGUACACGCGAGGUUUGGCUGGUCGAGCGGUUCCUGCUGUGGUCACUAAACGGAACGUCCGGUGUGCGCAAGCAGGAUACCACGAUUCUGUUUGGCGGUGUCGUCAAGGGCGAUGUCGGCUAUCAUCUGGCGAAGAGCUUCUUCCUGGAUAAUGUGGAGCAGAUUCACAGCUACCUCUCACCGGACACAUCCCGCUUAUCUCGCUACCUAAAACCCCUGGCCGAGCAGAUGUCCACGAUGAAGGAACUCCAGGAACUGAAGGACCUAAUCGGCACCAAGCAGACCGUCUUCGAGAAGGCUACCCAGGGUGUAAAGCAGGCACUCGAAAUGAUCGAAAUUAACCUCCAGUGGAAGACCACCAGCUACAACCAGCUGGUGCGCUAUCUACCGCUGCUGAACUACCGCUCCAGCAGUCUGGAUGUGAUGGAACUGUUCGAAGCCUAGAGGGUGUAGAGGGCACUUUAUUGUGGGCACUUUUUCGCGCUCUCUACCGCGUUCGUGUGCGAGGGGCGUGCGUGUUGUUCCGUCCUACGCUACGCGCUACCAGUAACACACAUCACAAGUUUCGUCCACAGAGUCUCGUUGUUUUUUUUAUCUAAUAUGAAUUUUGUUUUCUACUACUAGAUCUGCUUGAUGUAUUUU